AUGGGGUCCCCGGGGCUGCAGCUGCUGCGACAGGGCGUGUGGGCCGCGCUCACGGGGGGCUGGUACCACGACCCCGAGCAGAGCACGUUCACCAACAGCUGCCACCUGUACCUGUGGCUGUUCCUGCUGUUGCUGCCCUUGGCCCUGCACCUGGCUUUUCCUCCAAAUGCGAUCACUGUAUUUUUUUACUGCUGUUCAGUGACUGUUCUCUUCACGAUCAUCAAAUUGGUCAGUUAUCGUCUGCACCUCAUGUUUGAUGCGGGAGAAGUAGUCCAGCAGAGGCCCCCCGGAAAGAAAGAAAAGCCGCCUGCAGACAAAGAGGCCAGCAGUGAACGAAGAACCAAUCCCCAAAGCCCAAGCAAUGCCAGGCGGGUCCCCCACGGCGGAAAGGAAGAGGCCAGCCGCCACUGCCCCACGCCUCGCCUGCACCGCAGCUCCGGGGGACAGAGCACAGACUCUCGCCACUCUUCUGGGCCGCUGGGGUCGCCAGCACAGGGAACAGUGGAAGAUCUCAAAGGUGUCGUUCUGUCGGAAGACCAGCUGGUGGCACCAGUGUCAUCUACCUCACCUGGUAUCAAAAGGGACAGCUCACCUGCUUCCCAGGUGUGCAUGCCGGAAGCCACUCCCAAGUCAGCGACGCCGGUGAAAUUGGUUGCCGCAGAAAGUCUCAUCAACAGUAAAGGAAAGGACAGAGGUGGCAGGGGGCGGCCCCCGUUCCGCUACGGGUCUGAAGGUGGCUUAGCAGACACAGGAGCCGUGAGGGUGUCACCACAUCUGUCUUUGUCUCAGUAUGACUUACUGGAAACAGACGUUUCUUUCCAGCCGUGGGGGAGCGAGAAUUCAGUCCUGAUUCCAGAACCUGUACAUAGUCCCCAGGGCUCCCUGAGGGAACUGUCACAAAGCAGGUCGCCUGGGGACAGCCUGAACAGCAGCUGCCCACAGUGCCGCACCAUCAUGGCCAAACCCACAGAGGAGCCAGCGGACCCCUCCCGUCAGGUGGACAUGCCCUUGACCCGGGAGGGGGACUACUCAGAGAGCGAGGUCGCCGUUACUCUCAUUGACACUUCUCAACCCGGAGACCCACUGAGUCUGCAUGAGCCCAUCAAAAUUGUCAUCACUAUGAGCAGUACCGUGAACUCCAUGACAGACUUGGAAAGCUCCCUCCAGCUGAAGGUGAUCGGCGCAGAGAGGACCGGGUUCAAGUCUGACGCGGAGCCAGCUGCGCCAGGGGUGGCAGGUCCUCCAAACACUGAGCAGAUCAGAAUUCCCGUCAUCACCCUGGAACUGUCUGAGGAUGAGGGUGGCAGUGUCUCUUGUCCCGAAGAGAACGGAAGUGAGAGGACCCCAGAGAGACUGAAGGUGGAGGCGUCUUCCAAUCACUGUUCUGGCUACGGAUCUGGGGAGGGGACAACUGCCACCAAGGACUUCAGUCCUUCCCCGAGGGACCCCUGGGAAGCAGCCCCCCCACUGACGCCUGAUGUGGCCUCUGGGGCUGACGGGGGAAAGGAAGGCCGGGCCACCCUCGACCCGUCAUCUUGUAAGAGCCCUCACGAGAAGAGACACGCCCGGGUGCUGAGUGUGGACAGUGGGACAGACGUCUUCUUGAGUAAAGGAUCUGUAGACGUUAUGAACGAUAAAGAGCAAGUAAUACCAACUUCCAAAUCUGACCUAGAGGCUAAGGAAGGACAAACACCAAACGAGUCCACCUUCCUGGAAUUUGUCUCCCUGCUAGAAUCAAUUAACACUUCCAAGGCGGUGGCAUCCACCCAGCCAAGUGGCUCCGCAGCGCAGGAGGAAGGAAGCCGGCUUCCCAGAGAUAAUCACUCUCAGGAGAAAAAGGAGGAAAUCCUGGAAAGUGAAAAGCCCGGUGGAUGCAAUUCCAAGCAAGGAAAACCAGACUUGCAGAGUCAAGACCAUGCAUUCAGCCAACCUGCCAAGACCACAGCCUUUUUCCAGGGCAAUAGACAAAGACAGAUAAUCUACCGGGUGACUUCCCAACAAGAUAGUUCCGUCCUGCAAGUCAUCAGUGGGCCUGAAACGUCUGUGCAAGAGGAAAUAUCUGUAGAUGCUAUGCAUGUCUUUAUUGAUGAACAUGGGGAAAUUAGAUCCUGUUAUUUAAAGUCUGGAAAUCAGAAAGAAGACCCUCUGCAGCACCCGCCGUCCAGUCGUGACUGCGUCUCUCAUGCUCGGGAGAUACAGGUCAGCUCUUCCAGCACCACAACUUCUGAGAGUCAAGAUCCGUCUUCUGGGGACCCAGUGGUCAGUGCUCUGCAGCAACAGCUACUCCUCAUGGUGGCUCGGAGGGCCCAGGCAGAAACCCCUCGGCAUGUGAGUCAGGAUCUGGAAGACUCAUCACGUUCUUCAACACAAGGGAAGUUUAAUCAAGACGAGUUUUACAAAUUUAUCAUUUUCCCCGGCAAGUGGAUUAAAGUCUGGUACGAUCGACUUACCUUGCUGGAGUUACUUGAUCGAACUGAAGACGUCAAGGAGAACGUGCUGGCGACUCUGCUCAUUGUCCUGGUUUCCCUGCUCGGGUUCCUGACCCUGAGCCGAGGCUUUUGCAAGGACAUGUGGGUACUCCUGUUCUGCCUGGUCAUGGCCAGCUGCCAGUACUCCCUGCUAAAGAGCGUCCAGCCUGACCCCGCCUCGCCCAUACACGGACACAACCAAAUCAUUACAUAUAGCAGACCAAUCUAUUUUUGUGUGCUGUGUGGCCUUAUUUUGCUUCUUGAUACAGGGGCCAAAGCCAGGCACCCUCCCAGCUACGCUGUCUAUGGCCUGAAGCUCUUCUCUCCAGUGUUCCUGCAAUCAGCUAGGGACCACUUAAUAGGGUUUUUGUACUGCUUUCCUGCCAUUUCCCUGCUCGGGCUCUUUCCGCAGAUCAACACUUUCUGCAUUUAUCUUUUGGAACAGAUUGACAUGCUGUUUUUUGGAGGUUCUGCCGUGACCGGGAUGACCUCGGCAGUUUACAGUGUGGCCCGGAGCAUCUCGGUGGCCGCCGUGCUCCACGCCCUGUGCUUCAGCGCCGUGAAGGAACCGUGGAGUAUGCAGCACAUCCCGGCACUGUUCUCAGCCUUCUGUGGCCUCUUGGUCGCGCUGUCCUACCACUUGAGCCGGCAGACCAGUGACCCCUCUGUGCUGCUGUCCUUGAUUCAAUGUAAAUGGUUUCCUAAAUUUUUACGUGAGGAUCUGGAAGAGUCGGCUGCAGACCCUCUCUCCGAGAAGAUGAAAGAUUCGGUGAAGGACAUCUUAAAAUCGGAUCUCCUCGUCUGCUCGGUGGUUGCUGUCCUGUCUUUUGCAGUCAGUGCCAGCACGGUCUUCCUGUCACUUCGACCCGUGCUCAGCACCGUGCUGUUUGCCCUGGCGGGCACCGUGGGCACAGUGGCUCACUACCUGCUCCCUCAGCUGCGCAAGCACCACCCCUGGCUGUGGAUGUCACACCCCGUCCUCAGAAACAGAGAGCAUGGGCAGCGCGAACUGAGAGAUGUCGCCCAUUUAAUGUGGUUUGAAAGACUCUAUGUCUGGCUUCAGUGUUUUGAAAAAUAUAUCUUGUACCCAGCAAUAAUUCUGAACGCCCUCACGAUUGAUGCCUUUCUGAUAAGCAAUUACCGGAGACUCGGUACCCACUGGGACAUCUUCCUGAUGAUCAGCGCCGGCAUGAAGCUGCUACGGACCUCCUUCUGCAACCCGCUUCACCAGUUCGUCAACCUGAGCUUCACCGUCAUCUUUUUCCACUUUGACUACAAGGAUAUUUCCGAGAGUUUCCUGCUGGAUUUCUUCAUGGUGUCCAUUUUAUUUAGCAAGCUCAGGGAGCUCCUUCAGAAGCUGCAGUUCGUCAUGACCUACGUGGCUCCCUGGCAGAUGGCUUGGGGUUCUUCGUUUCACGUGUUUGCCCAGCUCUUUGCAAUCCCUCAUUCUGCCCUGCUUUUCUUUCAGACGUUUGCCACGUCCGUGUUUUCCACUCCACUGAGCCCAUUUCUUGGGAGUGUGAUUUUCCUCACAUCGUAUGUCAGGCCGGUGAAAUUCUGGGAGAAAAACUACAAUACAAGGCGAGUGGAUAAUUCCAACACGAGACUGGCGGUCCAAAUCGAAAGGGAUCCAGGGGGCGAUGACAACAACCUCAACUCCAUCUUCUACGAGCACCUGACCAGGACCCUGCAGGAGUCCCUCUGCGGAGACCUGCUCCUGGGUCGCUGGGGUAACUACAGCGCCGGCGACUGCUUCAUCCUGGCUUCAGACGACCUCAACGCCUUUGUCCACCUGAUCGAAAUCGGAAAUGGUCUUGUCACCUUUCAACUCCGGGGACUGGAAUUCCGAGGAACCUACUGCCAGCAGAGAGAGGUGGAGGCCAUCCUGGAGGGCAACGAGGACGACAGGGGCUGCUGCUGCUGCCAGGCGGGCCACCUGCCCUACCUGCUGUCCUGCAACGCCGCCUUCCACCUGCGCUGGCUCACCUGGGAGAUCACGCGGACACAGUACAUCCUGGAGGGCUAUAGCAUCCUAGACAACAACGCGGCCACCAUGCUGCAGGUGUUCGACCUCCGCAGGGUCCUCAUCCGGUACUAUGUCCAGAGCAUAAUAUACUAUAUGAUAACAUCCCCCAAACUCCUCUCCUGGAUCCAAAAUGAAUCGCUUAUGAAGUCCCUGCAACCCUUUGCCAAGUGGCAUUACAUUGAGCGUGACCUUGCGAUGUUGAACAUUAACAUCGACGAUGACUACGUCCCGUGCCUGCAGGGGAUAACACGUGCCAGCUUCUGCAACGUGUAUCUAGAGUGGAUCCAGUACUGCGCUCGGAAGAGACAGGAGCCUUCACAGAUCCUGGACUGUGACGAGGACUCUGCUCUGGUGACACUGUCCUUUGCCCUGUGCAUCCUGGGGAGGAGAGCUCUGGCGGCAGCAGCUCACAACAUGGCCAUCAGCCUGGACUCCUUCCUGUACGGUCUCCACGCCCUCUUCAAAGGUGACUUUCGGAUAACGGCACGAGACGAGUGGGUGUUUGCUGACAUGGACCUGCUGCACAAAGUCGUUGCUCCUGCUGUACGGAUGUCCCUGAAACUUCACCAGGACCAGUUCACCUGCCCCGACGAGUACGAGGACCCAGUGGUCCUGUACGAAGCCAUCCAGUCUUUCGAGGGGAAGGUGGUGAUCUGCCACGAGGGGGACCCGGCCUGGAGGGGCGCGGUGCUGUCCAACAGGGAGGAGCUGCUCACGCUGCGGCAUGUGGUGGACGAGGGCGUGGACGAGUACAAGGUCCUCAUGCUGCACAGAGGCUUCCUGAGCUUCAAGGUGAUCAAGGUCAACAAGGAAUGCGUGCGGGGACUUUGGGCCGGGCAGCAGCAGGAGCUCAUUUUCCUCCGCAACCGCAACCCCGAGCGCGGCAGCAUCCAAAACAACAAGCAGGUCCUGCGCAACUUGAUCAACUCCUCCUGUGACCAGCCCCUGGGGUACCCCAUGUACGUGUCCCCGCUGACCACAUCCUACCUAGGCACCCACAGGCAGCUGAAGGACAUCUGGGGCAGAUCGGUCACUCUGGAUGGCAUUAGGACGUGGUUCCGGACCAAGUGGCUCAGAGUGCGGAAGGACUGCAGUGCCGGCCAGCAUGGCGGGGGCAACAUCGAAGACGUGGACGGAGGCAGGGGCCCGUCGGCGGGCGGCAACCAGGAGAGCAGCACGGAGCAGCCCAGGACAGGUGGCUCCCAGCACUGGGCCUCACCCUGGGAAGGGACACCUAGGACAGGUGGCAGGAAAGGCAGGAGCCAGUCGGUGCAGGCGCACCCGGCGCCCAGCGCGUGCGGGCCACCCCUGGACGGCCGCCGGGCCUUCCUGCAGACGUCCUCGUCGGUGCACGAGCUGGCCCCGCGGCUGUCUGGCAGCCGGCCCUCCCUGCGCACGUCGGCCGCGUCCCUGCACUCGCAGCCCCCGCCGGCCACCGCCCCGGGCCCCCUGAGCGUCCGCGAGCGCGCCGAGGCGCUCAUCAGGUCCAGCCUGGGCUCCUCCACCAGCUCCACGCUCAGCUUCCUCUUCGGCAAGCGCAGCUUCUCCAGCGCGCUCGUCAUCUCCGGGCUCUCAGCCGCCGACGGGGGCAACACCAGCGACACCCAGUCGUCCAGCAGCGUCAACAUCGCCAUGCGGCCCUCGGCUCGGGCCACCGGCCAGGCCCCGCGGGACGGGGAGUCCUGGGCACUGCGUGCGUCCUGUGUGCUCCUGCCGGGGUCGCACCUGCAGGACGCGGCUGCGCGGCCCGGCCGAGCGCGCACAAGGUGCCACGUGCACGAGGUGCCCCACGCGCGGCCUCCCCGCGGCUUCCUCCUUCCAGCGCGUUCUCCGUGCCCAGAGGGCCCCGCCCUGUGGCCCGUCCCCGGGGCGCGGGGGCCGGUGGCGCUGAGCCGCGCUUCUUUUCGGAAGCCCUCCCCGGAGCAGAGCGAGCGGGGCCGGCUUCGUGACCGGCGUCCUACGGAGGCAGCGGCCGAGAGCCUCGGGCUGGUCUGCAGGAGGGCAAGCCAGGAGGACAUGGGCCUGGACGACACGGCGUCCCAGCAGAGCGCGUCGGAUGAGCAGUGA